AUGAUUUAACUCAAUACAUAUGAAUAAACAUAUUGGGUUUCUGGAUAUCAAUGUUGUGUUAUAAUAUAUGCAUUCAUUAGCUUUGGACUCAUUUUGGUAUCUGUAUUCAAUCAAUCAAAACUUAUGGAUGAAGUAAUUCAAAUACGAUUAAAAAAUAGGCACCCUAAUUUUAUACCAAUUGGAAUAACUACCUUAUUGAAGAUAUUCAAAUAAAAUAAAAUUGUGAUCAUGGAUUCCAUAAUGUUUUAAAUUUUACAUGGCCUGGAACUGAAAAAGGUUGCGAUUGUACAUAAUCCAAUGGAACUGGUAAUUACAAAUAUAAUAAGUAUCAUUUUAAUCCUAAUUCUAGUUAUUACUAUAUGGAAUGUAGUUAAUUCAUGUUAGCAGAAAAUUGUCACCCAAUAGCAUAGAUGGAAAGCAGAAAUUUUUAGUAUUUGCCUUUUAUUUCAAAAAAAAUUGUUAAAGGUAAUUUUUGACGUAUUAUUAAAAAGGUUUCAAAAUCUGUGCAAAAAUGAGUCCAUUCACAGCUAUUCAAGCAUUUUCAAUUCAAGAAAAUAUAGAAAUGUAUAAAAAGUGUGGAAAUAUAUGGAAUGUCCCUAUUACAUCAUAGUGCCCUAUUAGCCAUUUUGUUAUUAAUAAUGAUAAUAAUGGGAUUUAAAUUGGAGAUUCAGAUCUCUAUUAUAACUAUUAAAGAGUUGAAUCAGAAUAAUUACCUAUUACAUAAUUUACAAUUGGAUAUAGUAAUAUAAAUCCUUAAUAUUAAAUAAUUAGAUUCUAUUUGUUAUAAAAAUACUGAAAUAUUUACAUUUUAUUACCUAGAUAACCUUAUUGAUUAUCAAUGUGAUAUUGAGGAUGAUCGAUUUUAAAAAGUGAAAAAUAAUAUUUAGUAUAGUGAUUUGCUAAAAGUAAAUGAAGUUUUAGAUUAAUAUACAAAGUUAUUUAAAAAUACAGAAAUAUAAUAAAGAAGUAUACAAUUACCAUAAUAUUUAAUAGAUAUGAAUUUAUUUUAUCAGAAAUUAACCAAAUUUCAAUAUAAUAAAUCUGAUUUGUGCAAAUUUAAUGAUUUAGACUUUAUAUAUCAUUUGAAUUCUUAUAUAAAUGAUAAUCUGAUGGAUAUAUAAUUAGCAGCAUAAGUAAUUGUUGGAAUCUAAGCAGGAGUAUUUGGAUUUUUGAUUCCAAUGAUUUCAGCCAUAUCCUUAAUUGGAUGUAAUUUUAAGUUUAACUCUAUAAAUCAAAAAGGUUCCCAUUACAAAGAUUUAUUUGGAUUUUGGUUAGGUAUUAAAAUGAUUGGUGAAACAGUAUGUACAAUUAUUUUAGCCAUAGAUAUGGGUUAUUAGAAGUAUAUGUUGAAUAAUCUUGAAGCUUUUAUAAAUGCAGAUUGUUCAGAUUCACUUACAUUAAUAGAGAUGACAAAAUUUUAUAAUUAAUAUGAAAUUAAGGUAUAUAAUUAUGUACUCUUAAAUUUCAUACUUUGUAUUAUAACAAACCUUACUGAUAUCUAUUUAACAUAUCUUAUGUGCAGAGAUAAGCAUAAUUAAGGAAUUAUUACUAUGAAAAAAAACUAAGAGAAUUUGUAUCCUAAAAUGUACACUUCAACACAUCCAGAUGAAAUUCUAAUUAAAUCUAAAGUAUAAAUAUUUUAGGCUAUCACACAAAAUGAUUAAGAGAAAGACCAACUUAAUACAAAAAAUGAUUAAGAGAAAGAUCAACUUAAAGAAAUUAAAAUACCUGAUGAUGACAUGGUUGUACGUAUUCCUGAUGAAUGA